AUGGGGGUCAACGGGAUUAUGGGGGGUGCUGACGUGGCUCAAUCAAAUCCUGAGGUCACUGCCUCAGCUGUUGGAUUAGGAGAAGAUGAGGAGGGCGACAAUAGCGAGGUCGCAGAAGCGGGUGACAAUAGCGAGGGUGCAGCAGUGGAGGCGGAGGAGCCAAGCAUACCGGUUGUGGCGAUGGCUGACAGCCGUCCGAUCGUUGUGAUCGUAGGGCGUCCCAACGUUGGGAAGUCAGCUUUGUUCAACAAGCUGAUGCGGCGCAGGGAGGCCCUGGUGUGCGACACCCCGCAGGGCCACAUGACCAGAGACGUGCGCGAGGGCGUCUGCUCCUUCUUUGGGCUCCGCUUUCGAGUUUUUGACACAGCAGGACUCGAACCCGCGACCUCUACCUCCCACCAGGGCCAUGAGGGUAGUGGGGCGGGAGGGAGUGGUGGUGGGGGAAGGAUUGUGGGAUUUACUCCGAGCCUUCUGGGGAAUUUACCAGAGGCGGAUCGUGCGGCUAUGGAGGCGUCGAUUCUGCAACGAACGGCUGAAAUCACGUCGUACUUGCUGGGGCAGGCAGCGGCUGUGCUGUUUCUCGUGGAUGCCAGAGCUGGCAUUCAACCUGCUGACGUGGAGGUUGCUGAUUGGCUGCGUCGCUCUGUGCCAAAGCACCGGGUGGUGCUGCUGGCGAAUAAAUGCGAGGGGCUGGGCGGCGACAGCACAGGCCUGCUGGCGUGCCACGUGGCAGAAGCCUAUUCGCUGGGGUUCGGCGACCCGAUCCCGAUAUCGGCCGAGUCUGGGGAGGGACUGGAGGACCUUUAUGCUGCUGUGAAGGGACCGGUGGAGGAGAAAGAGAGGGAGGGGAGAGAGGAGAGGGAGGAAAGGCAGAGGGAUUUGAGAGAGCGGAGAGAGGAUAUGGAAGGAAGAAAGAUGGCCAUUUCAGGGAUGAGUCAACGUACAGAGGAGGCCGGCGAUUUUGCGGCGUUGCCUGACAGCAGUGAGUGUUCUGAUGCAGCGCUAAAUGGUGAUGCUGCUUAUGCCGCUGUGGCUCUAGAUAUAACCACCUUACCUGCAGCAGAGGAGGAGGUGGUGGAGGAGGAGGAGGACGACGACGACGAAGCAGCAGCACAAGCGUUGUUAUCAUCCUCAGCAGCAGAAGCAGCAGCAGCAGCAGAGGCGGCAGAGGCGGCAGAAACCUCAGAGAUUCCGCUACAGCUGGCGAUAGCAGGGCUGCCGAACGUGGGCAAGUCAACGCUGGUCAACUCGCUGCUGGGGGCUCAGCGCGUUCUGACGGGGCCGGAGCCAGGGCUCACUAGGGACGCUGUGCGCAUUGGCAUCACGUACCAGGGCAAGCCCAUGUGGCUGGUGGACACGGCGGGGUGGGUGAAGGCAGCGCAGGCGAGGCAGAGGGGGCCGGUGUCACUGGCGCGCAUGGACAUGGCGAGGAGCAUUGCACGCGCACAUGUGGUGGUGCUCGUGCUGGAUGCUGCUGUGGUGGCAGAGGAGGAAAAGUCUCUCAAGACAGCAGAGAGGGCGCUGGCGCGGUGGGUGUGGGAGGAGGGGCGCGCACUGGUGGUGGCGGCCAAUAAGAUGGACGCGGUGGGGGGGGACAGGGACAAGCGGUGGGUGCGCAAGAAGGUCAGGCGGGCCGUGCCUUUGGAGAUCGCUGCCCUGCUGCCGCAGGUGCACAACGUGCCCAUAGUGUUCACCUCAGCGCUGCACGGGGAGGGAGGCAAGGAGCUGAUGCAAGCGGUAUCAGAUGCGUACGACAGGUGGAACACCAUGCUGCCUGCAGCGCGGUUGAAACACUGGCUGCCACAGGUGAGAGUGGGGGCUGAUGUCGAGACUCUCAGGAAGCUUCCUGGAUCAUGCACUGCAGCUUCUGUCAAGAGCAUCGUGCAGGUGAAGUCACGGCCGCCCACUUUUGUGGUCCGUGUCACCGCUGCUGCUGCAGGGGACCGCUCUCUCGCCCGCUUCUUUUCCACCAGAAUUGCAGCUGACUUUGGGUUUGAUGGCGUGCCAGUGCGUGUGGUGCUGCGAACAAAGGAGGGCACCAGAUGGUGA